AUGCCUCAGCUCCUACAAAGUGUCAUUUAUAUCAUCGAGACUUUCCAAAACUAUGCAAGAGAAGAAGAUGAUUGUUCAACUCUAAGCUUGGGACAGCUAAGGCAGCUCCUCCUAAGGGAAAUUGGAGAACUUCUAAAGCCAUUUGAUAGUCUUACUACAGAAAGCAGCUUAAAUGUUCUGGACAGAGAGGACAAUGAGACUAUCAGCUUCAAUGAAUUUAUCCUUCUGAUCUUUGACUUGUUGAAUGUAUGUUACCAGGAUAUACAGUCUUUCUUAAAUCUGGAAUUUAAAGCAAAAUCUGACACAGAGGAGGAAUUGUCAGGGGGCAUGGAAACAUGUGAGACCAAUGAAGAUUACCAAGAAGAAGCAGAGCUAAAUCAGUAUAAACAGAGACUGACAGAUAGUGAAUCUCCAUCUCUAGUCAACCCCAUAGAAAAUGUACCAGAUACUCUAAGCAAGGAGGACUCUCAGGAUGGCCUUGAGGAUCCCAGAUUACUGGAAAGAGAAAUUGAACAUGACCACACUAAAAAUAAGUCCCAAAGUGAAGGAGAUCAUCAGAGCCAAGAAAGAGGCCAAGUCCAAGGAGGAGGAGGUGAUGGAAUUUCACCUGAAGAAAAAGAGCUACCAAAGGAAUUUGUGAAGAGAACCUCUUCUCAAAAGGAUGAGAAGAUUGUAAGUGAGGGACAUGAGGUACCCAGACAGCAAGAUGAUACAAACCCAGGGGAUCAGCCAUCAGAGCAGGAAGGGGAGCAAAAUGUGGAGAUUCUCAGUGGACAAAAGGCCCAGACAACAUCUGAGAGUCAGGAGGGGACCAUCAUAAAGGAGACUGAGGAACACACUGAGACACAAAAACCAUCAUCCCAAGAGAAUCAUGAGAAAGAAUCAGAAACAGCUGGCCUACCCACAGAAAAGGCUGAGGAAAAAUUAUCUGACACCAAGAGAUUAUCAGAAUUCAGUGAUGAUGAUAGAACUACAGAUAUCCAAGAACCACUAGUGCAAGAAAGAGAAUAUGAAACUCAAGACAUAGUAGCUAAAGGUAAUGACAGUAGAGUCCCAGAGAUAGAAGUACUUAUAGAUGAAGGGAAAGGGAAGAGAAAACUGAAAAACUUAGAAACAGUAGGGCAAAAAGAAAAUGAGAAAGGCAAUCAAUUGGAAAUAUUCACAGAACAGGAGUCUGAUGGAAAAGAAAAGCAACUUGAGGGACUAGCAGAAGGGGACAUUAGAAAAGACUCUGAAACCCCAGAUUCAAAAGCAAAUAAUCAAAACCACCCCGAAUGCAAAGGACCAGCAGCCUCAGAGGAGGAAGUCACAGUUUCUAAAAUAAGUGAACAAGAAUUCUCAGGAGACAAUAGGAGUGCCUCUGUGGCAGAGAAGACACCAGAAACAAAAGACAGAGUGCAAGGAUCAGGACCACAAGAUGACCAGUCUGGAGGAGAAAAUGAGAAAAUCACUCAGACUCUGGAUGAAUCAAUUGAGCAAUAUGAUGGAAACAAGGUAGAGAGUCAGAAUGAUGGGACAAUUUCUGAAAUAUGCAAUAAUCCAGAAGAAGAUGAGAGUGGCUCGGAGUUAAAGGACCUGCCUGCACAAAGGAACUGCCAAAGUCAAGUGGAUGCCCAGGAACUGCCUGAUCAAGAAGAUGGCAAGAAUACUCAGGAAUCUCCAGUACUAAGUGACAAAAGUAGAACCCCAGAAACAGAAGUACCAAUAGCUAGAGAAGAUGAGAACAACACAGAAGAACAGCUGGCUGAAGAAAAAGAGAAGAAAUCAUCAGUGCCUAAAACACCAGCCAUGAUUGAGGAGUCUGUGAGUCAUCCAGCAUCUCAGGAAUCCAUGAAACAAAAGGUAAUAGAGAUCACAGAUCCCAAAGGUGAUGAUUAUGAGCAGCUUUCCACAGUACAACAAUCAGAGAAAGAAUACUUUCAGAAAGAUCCAGAGGCUCAUGAUGCAGACACAGAAGAAAAAGGGGAAGAGUCUGAAAGCCAGAAAGUUCCAUUAGAAGAUCAGGACCUAGAAAUGCAAGAUCUCACCAUGGAUUCAAGUUCUGAUACCCUGAAACCAAUGGCAAAGGAAGAGCAGAGCCCCCAGAGACAAGCAGGAGAAGUGAGUGAACAACAUGUGAUGAAUAAAGAGGAGGAUUCUUUACCAGGGCUCUCAGAGCAGAUAGACAGGAAAUCCAGAGACACAGAGCUUUGUUUGUCCUCAGGAGAUGAGCUAGAUUCCAAAGUAGUAGAUGAAAAUUUACAGAAGAUAUCUGCCCAACCUGAUCUCCCAGCCCCAGAAGAGGACUUAAGUCAAAUUGAUAUAUCUCAGGCCUGUGGUUCUAAGUUAAGGGUUGAGAGAGAAUCUCAGAGGAGUAAGACCUCUAAGUUCCCAGUCCUCCUCAAUCCACUCUGUGACUACAAACAAGAGCCGAGGCAUCAAGUCGGGGAUCCUGAGCCUGAGGAAGAAUAUGUCAACCAGCAAGAGAUCCUAGUAUAUCAGUCACAGGAAGAUGACCAGAUUCAGCAAGAAGAGCAACAAGAGAUAGAUGGCAGCUCUCAAAAAUGCUGAUUAUUAUUGGAGAGAAGUAGUCAAUGUGACCUUUGCUUAUCAAAAACUCACCCACCACUCAUUCCCAGAACACACAAACACUUCAUCAUCACCCCUAUCAUCACUAUCAUCAUCAUCAUCAUCAUCACCAUUAUCAUUAUCACCUUUUAAGUCCCCAUUCUGAAUUUUUACAAAACCAAACACUAAUCAUUUAGCAUUGGAAGUUAUCACCAAAAACACAACUUGCAACCAAUUAGUUACGUUUUUUUUUUUAAUCUAGAAUAUGACAUAGAGUAAGCCAUAAUGGACUCUGGUCAUUUGGGCAUCUUCUCUGGAGAUUCUUUUCCACUAAAAAUUUUGAAGUUCUCCCCUAGAACUUUUCCUUUUUCUUCUUACAUCAGAUAACAGUUUCUUCAAAUCAUAGAUUUUCAAGUUAUUUAAUCAUAGAGUUUUUAAUGAUGACAGUGGGGAAAGUUGUCUCUGAACUAUUAUUUUACAACUAAAGUAUGCUAUUCAUUCAUGAACAUAGAUAAGUUGUUCUAAUAGAGUUUCCAAAUUCAUUCUAAAAUUUCAUAACUCAGUGGAAAUGACUCUGAUUUUGGAGUCAGAUAAUUUGUUUCAAGCUCUACUCAGUGACUAACUGACCUUAGUCAAGCUAUUUAGCUUUUCUAGACUUUAGUUUCCUCCCAGAUAUUAGUGCUAAGUAAAAUAUUUCAUUAUUCUCCAUCACCAACUUAACUGUUUAAUGACAUUACUCUUGGCUUUGGGAGACAGGUAUGACAAGUCACCUGAGUAACCUACUUUAUAGGCAUUGGCAAAAAAAAAAUUAAGGAUGUGAGAGAAGUGAAAAAGUAUUUCAUGCAUGCCCAGUUCUUACUGUAAUCAUACAUAAAACAGUGCUCCUGUUUCCUGUUUCUUUUUGUCCAAACCUGUAAGUUGCCAGUGAGGAAAUUUCUUCUACCAAUAAUGCAACUUAAAACAUUGUCCGGAUUAAACAAUUUGCCUAAGAUCAUACAGUCAGUCAGUCUAUGUGAGUCUUGAAAUUGGUCUCCUUGACUUGAAGGUCAGCUUAUUCUGCAUUAUGCCACAGUCUCUCUACUGAUCUUUUAGUACUGGUCUUUCUUGUUCAGAAUACUGCAUGAAAAUUGAAAAUAAAGUCUAUUGAUGAUCAA